CUCCAGAAGUCAUCUAGUCCAGCCCCUUGCCUGAGGCAGGAUCAUCCCUAUCCAAACCAUCUCAUACAAACCAUAAUUUAAACUGUACAUAAAGGUGUUAAAGGUGGCUGCUUUGAUUUGUGAAAUAAUAGAUACCAGAGGUUUGGAGACUGAUCUUUUCAAUGAUAAUGAGCCCGGAAGAUGGAAGAAAGAAUGACAGGAACAUGGAUACUGCAGAAUUUCACUCCAAGAACCAAUGUGGAUCUAGUUGCUACUUCUGCACUUAUAGCCACAUAAGUUCAGAUCUGGAUGGUGCUUUAGUGCAGAUGGAACUAGUUGAGUACAGAGUUUAAAAGAUUAUUGUGAUCCUGGGAUAUACACUCAGGAAUCUCUGGUAGAAGUUAGGAAGGCUGCAUUUGUGCGGGUGCAACUCUUACUGGAAUACUGUGCACAAUUCUUCUAUCCUUAGUCUGAGAGUUGCAAGAAUGGAGAAAGUGCAGAGAAUACUCAUGAGAUUGAUUCAAGGAUUGGAAAACGUGAUAUGUAGUGAAUGAUUCAAGGAAGUUAGUUUAUUUAAUUUAUCCUGCUAAUACAGAAAAAGAGCAAAACACCUCUUUUUAUCAGAAGUUGAUUGGCAGUGUAGGUUAUAUAAAGGGUACAAAACAAGUUGUUUAAAAAUUAAUAAAGUGUUUCAGUGUAACAUGAGAUGCAAGCAGUCAGAAUUCCAGCUACCAGAAUGAAUCCCUAAAAUCUAGUUAUUAGGAACGACUGUGUCCAUUUUUGGUUUUGAAUCAUUAAACCUGUUCAAAAACAACCCACCUAUCUUGGGCAACCCUGGCUUAUUUUAGCAAGUAACAAUUACUUUUUAAAAACAUUGCCAUUUUUGUAGGUUUAGAUGACUUGGUUUUAGGCUUGAUAUUCUAACUGUGUACAGGCUGUGGAUAACUUUAAAAAAGUAAUCCUGUUAAGUUAGUUAACAACUUUACCUGGAAAAUGUUUAGAGAUUGUUUUGUUUAUUUGGGUAUUUUUGUUUUUGACAGUUCUAAUAUUUUAUUCUAGGGAUAGUCGACUCUUGUGGUAGUUACUAUAAUACCCAGUAAGGCUACAGUCUUUCAGGGAAUUAAUUUCCAUGCAAGUCAUUUGUAGCCAACAAUAUGCAAGCAAUGAUGUUUUGACUUCUUGAGCUUAUAGAGCAGAAAAAGUUUGCUUUCCAUAAAAUCAUGCAACAAUACUGGUUAUUUUAAAUAAUAAGCAUUUUUUAGCUAUUAAGUAGAAAAUAAUAAAGUGACAGACUUAUUUUCCAGCAUAAAAUGGAAAGUGGUCCUGAAGGGCUGCUUCUGUGCAGAUUUUUGCUGGUCAUUUCCUCUCUUGUGCAGAUUUUGACUGCCCCCUUGAACACUACACGCCAUUCCUGUUCUGUAGUUCAUGUUGACACUGGCAUUGAUUUCCCAGAGCAAACAAAAUAGCUCGUUGUUCGGAACUGCUUGAUUUAUCAGCAUUGGAGAGCCCCCUAGCCCAAUGACUGUUUUGAGAAUAGAGUCUGUUCACAUUAUUCUCUCUCCAAUUUCACUCAAUCCAUGUCAACUGCAGACGAAAUAGGAUUCCAUUUUAGGACACUUGAGUCACUUGUAAAAUUGUCUUGAAAAAUCAGAGAAAAGAAGAUGUAUCACAUUGUUCAAUAUCAGCAUCUGAAACUAAUAACCCAGAACACUGUUUCUAAGGUGCAUUUAAAGUUGAUUUUUCCAAGGACCCUGGCAUUUGCACACCUGGGAAGGUCAUGGAUCUCAAAUCACUGUCAUGCUGCAGAUCAGAAUAUUGUCCUGAUGGGACCUCCUGGUGCUGGGAAAACAACAGUAGGGAGAAUAGUAGGUCAAAAACUGGGCUGUCCUGUCAUAGAUGUAGACAACGAUGUCCUUGAAAAAACCUGGAAUAUGAGUGUGUCAGAAAAAUUGCAGGAUAUUGGUAAUGAACAAUUUUUAGAAGAGGAAGGAAAAGCCCUGUUAAAGUUUUCAGCAUCUGGAAGUGUAAUUUCCCUUACUGGAUCCAAUCCAAUGCAUGCUGCAAGUAUGCAGCACGUGAAGAAAAAUGGGUUAGUUGUGUAUCUGGAUGUACCCACAAGAGACAUAAUAGAUAGACUGGAAUUCCUAAAACUGGAUCGUAUUGUGGGUCAGGGGCCUCAAAUUUCCAUGAGAGACAUACUUCAGUAUAGGAAACAGUUUUAUAAAAAGUGGUAUGAUAUCCGGGUUCUUUGUGAAAGUGGGAUUACAGCAGAGGCUAUAGCAGAUAAAGUACUUGACGCAGUGAAGAGGUAUCAAGACUCAGAAGCAGAAACUUUUAUUUCAACCAGAUAUGUAAAGUCUGAAAAAUGCGAUCAAAAAGACCCUGCUAAAUAUUUCAGUGAUGUUGUGAUUGAGGGCUUGGCAUCUGAUGGUGGACUCUUUGUUCCUGUGAAGGGGCUUCCAAAAUUAACUGCUGGAGAAUGGCAAAGCUUAGUAGAAGCAACCUAUGUUGAAAGAGCCCAGAUUAUAUUGGAAAAAUGUAUACAUCCUGCUGAUAUACCUGCUUCAACACUGGGUGCAAUUGUUGAGAUUGCUUAUGGAGAGAAUUUUACCUGUUCUAAAAUUGCCCCUAUUAGGCACUUGUCAGGCAACCAGUUUCUCCUUGAGUUGUUUCAUGGACCAACAGCCUCAUUUAAGGAUUUUGCAUCACAGCUGUUACCUCAUAUCUUUGCUUACUGUGUUCCCAGAAACUGCAAUUAUUUGGUCCUAACAGCUACAUCUGGAGACACAGGGAGUGCUGUCUUAGAUGGUUUUAGUCGUCUUAACGAUGCUGACAAGCAAAGAAUUGUUGUGGCCAGUCUCUUUCCUGAGGAUGGAGUGAGCCAGAUUCAAAAAUCUCAGAUGAUUGGCUGCCAAAGAGGAAAUGGAUGGGCAAUAGGUGUCAAAUCUGACUUUGAUUUUUGCCAGAUGGCUAUAAAACAAAUAUUUACCAAUUCUGAUUAUACUGGCUUUCUUACUGCAGAAUAUGGAACAGCUUUAAGUGCAGCAAACUCUAUAAACUGGGCUCGACUACUGCCUCAAGUGAUUUAUCAUGCCUCUGCCUACCUUGACCUCGUUCAUCAAAGUAUUAUUGCUUUUGGGAACCCAGUAGAUGUGUGUGUUCCUACUGGAAACUUUGGCAACAUAUUAGCAGCCUUGUAUGCAAAAAAGAUGGGAAUACCUAUCAGGAAAUGUAUUUGUGCUUCUAAUGAAAAUAACAUUUUGACCAAUUUCAUGAGAACAGGCCUUUAUGACUUAAGGGGCAGAAGACUAAUACGUACUUUGUCACCAGCAAUAGAUAUUUUGAAGUCUUCCAACCUCGAACGACAUUUGCAUCUGAUUGCUAAUGGUGAUGGACAGCUGGUGACACUAUUGUUUAAUCAGCUGGAAAAUCAAAGCCACUUUCAGUUGCAGAAUGAGCUACUUGAGAAGCUUCAGCAGGACCUGGUGGCUGGGUGGUGUUCUGAAGAGGACUGUUUAACUGCUAUUCACUCUGUAUACAGUACUACUGGGUAUAUUUUGGACACACACACAGCUGUUGCUAAAGUCGUUGCAGAUCGAUUACAGGAUAGAACCUGCCCAGUUAUCAUUUCAUCUACAGCUCAUUAUUCCAAGUUUGCACCUGCUAUUUUGCGGGCUCUGAGGAUUGCAGAAAUAAAACAGAAUCCAUUAAGUCAGCUUCACUUGCUGAGUUCUUACAGCCCUUUGCCUCCAGUCCACCGAGGCCUGUUAGAGACAUUGAAAAAGAAUGAGAUGCAGAAACAUCAGGUCUGCGCUGCUGAUGUUAAUGUCCUUAUGGCACAUAUAGAAACCUUAAUACAAAACCGCUUCAUGAAAGUUUCCUAAGUAAACUCACUAGGCAUUUUCUAUGUCAAUUUAAAUAUUUUCUUCAACAAAGAUGCAUGUUUUAAUAAAAGCAUCAUUCACAAGACCUGUGCCCAGUUUACAUUCAGAACACAUGUUCGCGUUUUCAUUUUUAGCUUAACAUUGCUUGUUAAAAAUGUUCAAUGCAUGUGAGAAUUUGAAUCCUGGUGAAGGUUCUGAAAUGAUAGCCCAAGAUACUGAUGUGCCUUUUUCCAGAACAAGUAGGCUAAGGACAGCAGCAGUGCCAGCUUCUCCAGGCAAUCCUUCUACUGUUCCUUGGCCUUGACCUGGAAGGAAGAAGGACUGCUAAGAAGAAAAGAAAAGACAGCUGCUGGCACCUCUGAGAACAAGUGCAAUGAGUUGUAUUUUUGUUGUGUAUGUAGUUUGUGAUGUGAAUGCUUGUCUACUGGGAAUUUUUGCUAAACCCUUAAACUCAUUUCACAGAGCACUGAAAAGCUGUCAGAUCUAGUAAUAUAUGAAGACUGUUACUAAUAUAGUAUACAUUAAUAUUGCAAACCUUGAAGUGAAAUUAUCUACAUCCCUUGAGCCAUACAAUCACACAGUUCUUUAAUAUGUUCUCUUACUUUAUAUUGUCUUUGUAUUGACUGUAGCUGGAGUUUUAUAUAAAAAUCUUGCUCUUCAUCAAACAUCAAGGGUUUCAAACCAACAGUUUGUAUUUUUUUGUGUGAAAUAAAAACCUUCACUCUAUAUCUUUUUAA